AUGUUCCUCAAGUUGCGCCAGCCAAUUGAGGAUAUCGAAUACCCAACCCCUCGCAUGCUAGAAGGUGGUCGUUCGUACCAAUUCCCUUUCACCUUUGUCGUGCCAGACCGUCUGUUGCCCCAGGUCUGCUCCCACAACAAAAACAACACCCAUGUGGGACGUUCUCAUACUAUGCUACCGCCAACCCUGGGUGAUCCUAUGCUGGCGAGCGAUGGCAAAACCCUCAUCGAUGACAUGGCCCCCGACAUGUCUCAAGUAGCCUAUAUUGUGCGGGCAUCGCUUCACCAGAAACGACACGAUGGCCAAGCAGCCAAGUCCAUUGCCGGUGUCGCCAAGAAGGUUCGCAUCAUCCCAGUCGUGGAAGAAGAGCCUCCUGUCGAUUUCUCUGGGACAUCUUCACUAUGCAUGCGAAAGGAGAAGAGCGUCAAGCGUGGAACCCUGCGAGGCACUCUGGGUCGUCUCGUUGCUGCGACAUCCCAACCCAAGCCCAUCCAAUUGCUUCCUCCAAGCUGCGAACCAUCCGACACUGUGAGCACCGUCACCACCGUGAACCUGCGAUUCGAACCCGUUGGGAAAGAGACACCGCCGCCACUCGGAACAAUGACCAGCAAGCUUCGCGCAAGUACUUUCUACAGCGCCUCGCCGUGGGAAGACUUCCCCUCCGGGACGGGUGUUCCUUUCUCGCAAGUCGGCCGCGGUCUAUACACCGAGGCUGUUCACCUGUCAACAAUGUGCGUCGCCUCAGCGCAAUGGACAAAACAUACCUCCGAUGCUCGCCGCGACUCUACCACCUCAUCCUCAUCUGACUCCUCAUCAACGGGUCCCUCGUCCACUUUCACGGGUGAUACAUACUAUACCGCAUCGGUCGUCAUUCCCAUCACGCUUCCAAAGCAAAAGACCUUCAUCCCGACCUUCCAUUCCUGCCUCAUCUCCCGCACCUACUCCCUCGAGCUCUCUUUGAGCUACCACACACCCGCCGCGAACAUCAUGACACCGACCAUAUCCCUCCGUGUGCCUGUUCAGUUCACCAGUCAGAACUACACCGAGUCCAUCAAGUCUUCCCUUGGUCUCCUCGUCACUCAAGAGGAGGUCGAUGAAUUCUUCAACCCUCGCAACGUGACCUCCCCAACCGACUUCUCCGGUCGUGAUGUGAGCGAUGUGGUCAUCGACCUCGCUCCUCCUGGCUACUCGGAGACAAUAGGUGUGAUGGCAGCACGGUAG